AAGGAAGUGGGAAAGGAGAACCAGCAACGGUCACUGCAUUUCCUUCACAUCUCACUCUUGGCACACAACAGGACGAGGACAGAGCAGCUGCAGCUGGAUGCGGGCAGACGGCCACAGAGGAGGAGCUUUUUCAGCCACAGCCUAGUAACAGAGGGGUUAGCAGUGGCCACCAUGGGUUCUGUGAAUUCCCGAGAUCACAAGGCAGAGGCCCAGGUGGUGAUGAUAGGCCUCGACUCAGCAGGCAAGACCACGCUCCUGUACAAACUGAAGGGCCACCAGAUGGUGGAGACCCUGCCCACUGUUGGUUUCAACGUGGAGCCUCUGGAAGCACCGGGGCACGUGUCUCUGACUCUCUGGGAUGUGGGGGGGCAGACCCAGCUCCGGGCCAGCUGGAAGGACCACCUGGAAGGCACGGAUGUCCUCGUGUAUGUGCUGGAUAGCACCGAUGAAGCCCGCUUACCCGAGGCAGUGGCUGAGCUCAUGGAAGUCCUGGACGACCCACACAUGGCCAGCGUCCCUUUCUUGGUGCUGGCCAACAAGCAGGAGGCGCCAGAUGCCCUGCCGCUGCUGGAGAUCCGAGAGAGGCUGGGCCUGGAGAGGUUCCAGGACCGCAGCUGGGAGCUUCGGGCCUGCAGUGCCCUCACUGGCGCUGGGCUGCCAGAGGCCCUACAGAGCCUGAGGAGCCUCCUGAAAUCCCGCAGCCACUGCGUGUCUACGUGAGCACAGGCGGGACAGGGAGUGGGGAGAGCAGGAAGACGCGAUCCGGGCACAGCAGCAUAUCUUUGCUGAUACGACCUGAAAGAAUCAGCUGGGCCUUAAGAAUCUUAAGCUCAGUUUAUCAGACGAGAAAUCCUUCUGUGCUUGGACAGGAUAUUUUCCUCUUGAAACUUGUUGUCACUAGUGUUUAUGUUGAAAAUCAACUAUGGGGCACCUGGGUGGCUCAGUUGGUUGAGCGUCCAACUUCAGCUCAGGUCAUGAUCUCAUGGUUUGUGGGUUCAAGCCCAUGUCAGGCUCCGUGCUGACAGCUCAGAGCCCGGACCCUGCUUCAGAUUCUGUUUCUCCCUCUCUCUGCCCCUCCCCUGCUCAUACUCAUCUCAAAAAUAAACAUUAA